AAAUUUGUGGCUAAUUUUUUAUAGCAAAAAUAUCAAAUUUUAAUUUGUAAAUUUCUGCGCUGGAGAAACAGAGACGAAGAGAAAAUAAUGAAUUGAAUGCUUAAUUUCACCGCGUCUGCAUCUGGACUUCCAAAUCUCUCUCUUCCUCCGAUCAACGCAAGUCACACAAAUCGCAGAAAGCAGUAGCUGAACUGCGACAAAAUAUGGAGGUGGAAGGAGCACUGCCGAUGGACGACAAGGCCAAGCGAAUGAGAGAUCUGCUCUCCAGUUUCUACACUCCCGAUCAAUCCAUUCCUGGAUCGCCGCCGCACAACACUGUUUCUAGAUUCGCCACGCUCGACACCAUCAACACCACCUCAUUCGACGCAGAUCAGUACAUGAAUCUCCUCGUACAAAAGUCAAGCCUGGAGGGUCUUCUUCAGAAGCAUGUGGAAAUGGCUGCAGAGAUUAAAAAUCUAGACACUGACCUUCAAAUGUUGGUGUAUGAGAACUACAACAAAUUCAUCAGUGCAACAGAUACAAUAAAGAAGAUGAAAAAUAAUAUUGUUGGCAUGGAGACAAACAUGGAACAGCUUCUGGAAAAGAUAACAUCCGUGCAAUCUAGGAGCGAUGGAGUCAAUACUUCUCUUUUCGAAAAGAGAGAACAUAUAGAGAAGUUGCACCGCACACGCAAUCUGCUUCGAAAAGUUCAGUUUAUUUAUGAUCUACCUACAAGACUUCAGAAGUGUAUCAAGUCAGAGGCCUAUGCUGAUGCAGUAAAGUUUUAUACAGGGGCCACUCCAAUCUUCAAGGCAUAUGGGGAUUCUUCCUUUCUGGACUGUAAACGCGCUUCAGAAGAAGCGGUGUCAGUAAUUAUAAAAAACUUGCAGGGUUUAGUUUUCUCAGAUUCUGAAUCAAUACAAGCAAGAGCUGAGGCUGUCAUACUUCUUAAGAAGUUGGACUUUCCGGUUGAAAAUCUGAAGGUUAAAUUGUUUGAGAAGUUGAAGCAGUUUCUUGUGGACCUUGAUCUGGAAUACAAGGAGUUAACAAAUGUGCCCGUUAAUGUUGACGAGUCUACUAACCCAAAUUCUGCUUCUACUACCACACAUGAGGCAUCAGUUCAUGAAUUUGCGGAAGCCAUUCGGGCUUAUAAAGCUAUAUUCUUGCAUUCGGAACCACAGCUAUGUAAUCUCGGACAAGACCUCGUUAAGAAGCAUUUUGAAGCUAUUAAUCAACAAAUCAAGAAGCAUGUCCGAUCUGCAGAUCUUUUGGCAAUGCUCCGCAUUAUCUGGACUGAUGUGCUUCUUAUGGAUGAAGUGCUACCUGAAGCUUCCCUGCCAGAUUUUGCUUUGCAGCAUGCUCGUGUUGCCAUCAAAGAUUACACCUGCAGCACAUUUAGUCGGCUUUUGAUGAAUAUCGCAGACACCCUAAAGAAAUACCAAUUUACAGUAAAAGAAGAGAUGGAGGAAGAGUAUCCGUUGCGUGCAGCCCUUGAAGCCAGCAAAAAGUCAGUGAUCCAAGGCAGUAUGGAUGCCUUAAUGGACUUCAGGCUGCUGCUUGAUGAAAACCCAGAGUUACUGCUCAAGUUGAGAGACUUAACAAUCGGCUGGGUCAAUGAAGGGUUCCAAGGUUUCUUCAGAAAGCUUGAUGGCUAUUUCCUCUUGCUCUCCGGAAAGAAAAUUACAGCAUUUCAAGAUGUUCAUUUGAUAGAGGAGACGCAAGGAGAAAAAAUAUCUGCUGGGCUUGUUCUUGUACUAGCACAGUUAACUCUUUAUAUCGAACAAACUGCCAUCCCCAGAAUCACAGAGGAACUAGCUUCACUUUCUGCUGGUGGUGGGGUCCUUGGCCUCGCAACUGAUCCCGCUGAAAUUUGUCGCAUCUUUCGGUCAUCUGGGGAAAGUUUCUUGCACCUUUACAUAAAGAUGAGAACUCAGAAAAUAUCAGUUCUAUUGAAGAAGAGGUUUGCAGCCCCAAAUUGGGUGAAGCAUAAAGAACCCAGAGAAGUGCAUAUGUUUGUGGAUUUACUUCGGCAAGAGCUCGAUGAAAUAAGGUCUGAAGUAAAGCAAAUUCUGCCCGAGGGCGUCACUCACAAGCAUCGUCGUAACAAUAGCAAUGGAAGCACUACUUCUUCACGCAGCAAUCCUCUGAGGGAUGACCGACUACUGACCAGGUCAAAUACUCAGAAGGCUAGAAGCCAGCUUCUGGAGAGCCAUCUAGCAAAAUUGUUUAAGCAAAAGAUGGAAAUCUUCACAAAAGUCGAGCACACACAGGAAUCUGUCGUAACAACAAUAGUUAAACUUUCCUUGAAGAGCUUCCAAGAGUUUGUCAGGCUCCAAACCUUUAACCGAAGCGGAUUUCAACAGAUUCAAUUGGACAUUCACUUUUUGAGGACUACUUUAAAGGACAUAACUGAAGAUGAAGCUGCUGUUGAUUUCUUGCUAGAUGAGGUGAUAGUAAGCAGUGCAGAACGCUGUCUGGAUGCAAAUCCUCUGGAGCCUCCUGUGAUGGACAGACUAGUUCAAGCAAAGCUAGCAAAGACUUCCGAGCAAGGUGGAGAUGAAAAAUCAAAGUAGGAAAGUAACACGAGCCCUCUGCUGUUGGUUCUACUACGUGAAGACUUGAGAUUUUUUUGUAAAUGAGUCACACCGGGCUAUUCCCGGCCGAGGCCAUAGAAAGAUUAUAGGCAGCUCAGAUGGUUGUCGGAGGAGUGGGGAUGUCGUUUCUACAUUUGAGAAAAAACCAGUUUUUGUAAGCCUUUGGGAUCUUUAUCCUAUCUGAUAUGAAUGUGAUGUAGCAAAAUCAGCUGAUAACAGAAUCACUUGUUACUAAUCAUGGAAUCACUCCAUUGAUCCAGUCACUUGCUUGAAGAGAGACUCACGCUUUAAUUAA